AUCGAGCCAAAGUGUGUAAGAUCGGAUCAACCCAUUGAAGAAGAUCGGAUCCAGCCAAAGUGUGUCAACCAUUCGUCUCAGCAUUACCUUCUCACCCAGGCAUUCAGAGCAAGCAACCGGAAAUCUACUAAGAGUAGCAAACCAGUAGCGGUUUCAAGCGGGGAUUCUUAUGCCGGGUUGUUCAGUAGCUUUCGAAGCCAAAGACAAAGACACAGAGAGUCGAGACAUAAAAUGAAGAAAGAUUCUAUUGUGGGGAAGCAACUUCUACUCAAGCACGGGGGAAGACAUCAUCCGAAGAGCGGGGCGGGAAUAAGCAAGGAGCGAAGCGUAAAGCAGAGCCCUUUCUAG